UUUAUGCUUGCUCACCUCUCACUUUCUUCACGCCAAUCAUCCCUUCCACCUAAAGAGUUUUCUUUCGUGAGAAUUACUUCCUUCAGCUGCUCCUCUCGCUCUCUAUCUUUCUCGCAUUGCUUUAUUGUGACAUACUCCCCUUUCUUUUCUCUUCGUACUUUGUUUCUUUGACUAAUGUAAACAGCGUACAUUACUUGUCCCUUCAUUAUUGAACUGUGUUCGUGGAAAGGUCUGCUCUUUAUAAUGUAAGAGUGAAAAAGCUGCUUUCUUUGCUAAAUUGAUGCUCAUUUUCUUUCAAUUGUCCCGAAUCAUUCCCUUUCCACUUUUUCUCGUUAUGGGUCCUCGCUAAUUCUCGUAUUCUUUGAUUUUUCUUGUUUCCUUGUUAUGCCCAUUUGGUUGAACUUGUUCUAAAACACUCAGAAUCAAUUGUUAAGAAAUGGGUUCUCGCUAAAUCCUUGGUUUUUUGGUUACUGGUACGUUACUCUUUUGCUCAGAUAUACUAGUACCUUUACAGUCAAAAAAGUUCUGACUAUGUAACUGUAAUUAGGCCAUGGUCGGAUUUUGUUCUUUUAAUUAGUAAAUGACGAGAAAGAGUAUGUAUAUUUAAUUUGUGAUAAGAGUAUUUAGACUAUGGAUAUAAAUUUUGUUAGUAAGAAAUCUCAGAAGAUGGAGAAUUUCUGUUUCUUUCGUUAGUCUUGAUUCUGUAUGAGUUAUGACUUCAACCUGUUAGUCUAAUUUGCUUUUGGUCCUAUUGAAUUCAAGUUGGUGAAAUCUUUUGGCAAGUUAAGCCUCAUACUUACCUGAAAUACAUUAUUGAUUGCUAACUGAUUCUUUUGUACUUCUAAUCCCAAGACAUUCUUUGUAAAUAUGUAAACAUCAUUAAUUAGCAUCCUAUUCCAUGUGCCUCAUUGAAGGUCAAGUAUACAGUUAACAUAUACAUAUGAAUCAACACAUUUUUCCUUUUUUCCCCUAAAUAAUCUAGUCAUGAUCAAGUAAGUGUUGUUUUCUGCCCAAAAGAUUAUGCUUAUUUUCACUAUGCUAAUCUAGUUUAAGUGGUAUUGGCCUCUCGAGUCCCUUUGGUUCUGUUCUAGUUUCUCUUCUUUAAGUUGUCCGUAGAAAGGGAAACAGAACAAAGCUUUUCCCUUCAUUAGCCAACAUUUUGAGUGGUAAUGGAAGAAACCUUUGUUCCGUUCCGUGGAAUUAAGAAUGAUCUCAAAGGAAGACUGUUAUGCUACAAGCAAGACUGGACUGGUGGUCUCCGUGCAGGUAUCAGGAUCCUGGCUCCAACGACCUACAUCUUUUUCGCAUCAGCAAUUCCUGUUAUUUCUUUUGGUGAGCAACUAGAAAGAAGCACCGAUGGAAGUAUAACUGCAGUGCAGACUCUUGCUUCAACUGCAAUUUGUGGUGUGAUCCAUUCCAUUUUCGGUGGACAGCCACUCCUUAUACUAGGAGUAGCUGAGCCAACUGUACUUAUGUACACUUUUAUGUUCAACUUUGCAAAAGAUCGAAAGGACUUGGGUCCGAAGCUGUUUCUAGCCUGGACAGCAUGGGUGUGUGUUUGGACCGCUUUUCUGCUCAUCUUGCUGGCAAUUUUGGGUGCAUGCUCUAUAAUAAACAGAUUUACACGUCUUGCUGGUGAAUUAUUUGGUCUACUAAUUGCUAUGCUCUUUAUGCAACAGGCUAUUAAGGGACUAGUAGAGGAGUUUGGCAUACCAGAAAGAGAAAACCCUCAUCAGGUUGCGUUCCUACCUUCUUGGCGCUUUGCAAAUGUGAUGUUUGCAUUAGUUCUAUCCUUCGGCCUUCUGUUCACUGCAUUGAGGAGCCGUAAAGCUAGAUCCUGGCGCUAUGGGACAGGCUGGCUUCGAGGAUUUAUUGCUGACUAUGGUGUCCCACUAAUGGUGCUUGUUUGGACGGGUGUUUCGUAUAUACCAGCCAAUGAUGUUCCACAAGGGAUUCCACGGCGCCUUUUCAGCCCCAAUCCAUGGUCGCCCGGUGCUUACUUGAAUUGGACAGUUAUAAAGGAAAUGUUGCAUGUUCCUCCACUGUAUAUUUUUGGAGCUUUUAUUCCAGCCACAAUGAUUGCUGUUCUGUACUACUUUGAUCACAGUGUUGCAUCUCAACUUGCGCAACAAAAAGAGUUCAAUCUAAAGAAACCUUCCUCGUAUCAUUAUGAUCUCCUUCUUUUGGGCUUCUUGGUCAUACUAUGUGGUCUUAUUGGGAUUCCUCCUUCCAAUGGAGUCAUUCCACAAUCUCCCAUGCAUACGAAAAGCUUAGCCACAUUGAAACAUCAGCUUUUACGGAAUAAACUUGUAUCAACAGCAAGAAAAAGCAUGAGUAAAAAUGCAAAUCUUGGCCAAUUGUACCGGAGCAUGCAGGAGGCUUACAAUGAUAUGCAGACUCCCCUUGUCUAUCAAACUCCAUCGGGACUGGGGCUCAAAGAGCUAAAGGAGUCAACAAUUCAGCAGUCAUCGAGUAUGGGCUACAUUAGUGCACCAGUUGAUGAGACAGUCUUUGAUGUCAAUAAGGAUGUUGAUGAUCUUUUACCAGUAGAAGUCAAAGAACAACGCCUAAGCAAUCUCCUUCAGGCAUUAAUGGUUGGUGCUUGCGUUGCUGCUAUGCCUAUCUUGAAAAAGAUUCCUACUUCAGUUCUCUGGGGAUACUUUGCUUUCAUGGCAAUUGAGAGCUUGCCAGGAAAUCAGUUUUGGGAGAGGAUAUUACUGCUUUUAACUGCACCAAGCCGAAGAUACAAGGUCUUGGAAGACAGUCAUGCGACAUUUUUGGAGAUAGUGCCUUUCAAGACAAUUGCCGGUUUCACCUUGUUUCAGACAUUUCAUUUGCUCCUGUGUUUCGGCAUAACAUGGAUACCAGUAGCAGGUGUCCUUUUCCCAAUGUUGAUCAUGCUUCUUGUCCCUGUUCGCCAGUAUCUGCUGCCCAAGUUUUUCAAAGGAGCACAUCUACAAGAUCUGGAUGCUGCAGAAUAUGAAGAAGCCUCAGCUGUAACUUACAAUAUGUCCUUUGAAGAUCGAGGUGUUCAGGCAAGACCAACCCGCAUUGAUAGCGGUGAAAUUCUUGACGAAAUGGUCACAAGAAGCCGUGGGGAAAUCCGACAUUCGUGCAGCCCAAAAGUAACUAGUUCAACCCCAACUCCUCUUCAAGAGAUAAAGCCUGUGCAUAGCCCACAGUUAAUGCAAAGGGCUUACAGUCCAAGAUCAAAUGAGGUAAGAGCAGAAAGGAGCCCUGCACUGAGUGGAAAGGGACUCGAAAUAAAGCAAACUCCAAGCCCUGGGCCAUCUAACCUUGGUAAAAGCAGUCAAGGUUCAUCUUCUACCCAGUAUCAAAUGCAAGUUAAUGAGUUUAUUUAGUAUACACCAGUUCUCGAGAGGACUUUCUGGAGUCGUUCAUUUGUGUUUGAGAGGUUAUCAAAUGUUUGUGCUUUACUAUAACCUUAUUUUAGGAAUCUCUAUAUGUGUUUUACUGGUUGCAACGAUGUAUAGGAGAGUACUGUUUUAUUGGUCUUACUCUUAUAAGCAAUUAUAAUCUAUGGGCAGAAGACAAACCAUUAUACAUGAGAAAAGAAAGAGAAAACUGUGUGAAAAUUUGCGUUUCUUUGUUGUAUUAUCAAGAGUUUUAUGGAAAAAAGGAAGAACUUCUGAACGUCUGCCCCA